AUGAGGACAGUAAUACCGUCGAUGAAGAUUGUUACACUAUUAUCAAGUCUCUCGUGUUUCGAGUCGGUUGAACCGAAGGUAGCAUUAUGUUCGAUGUUACAUCUCGUCCAGAAUCCCAACGAAUUUUUUUUGAAGAUUAUUGCAACCCGAUUCCUAACUCGAUGGGGUGUCGGUUUUCACAUGGAAGGAGUCUCACUUGAUAAAGAAUUUGGGUCCUACGUCGAACAAGGAUAUGCGGUCAUUGACACUUACCAAUCUGCCGAAGCUGAUAUUACGUAUGCUUUACUGACGCACAAUGUUCCUUGUGUAAUAGCACGGAGCAUCUGCGACAUGCAUGUCCGUUCAAAAAGCAUCGUCGAACAACAACUUCACCAACGUUUUCCGACUACAUUAUAUAUCCUUACAAGAAACUCACACACACAAUGAUACUCUCAGUACAUCAAUCGAACAACAAUUUUUCACUCAAUCAGCCUUAUGGACUGAUCAUUGUGGUAUUAUUUCUCUUCAUCCUGACAUUUUACUCACCCAGGUGGAUACCCCAAUUUUAGGCUUUCCGUCUACUCUAAAUUUAUUUUUUUAAAGUUUGAUCAUUUACUCCCUCUCCCAGUGGCCUCCAACUUUCUCUUUUUCCUUUAUCUGCUUCUAUACAUACAUCGCUUCUAUUUUUCUUUUUUAAUCUAUCUCCUUCUCCCCAUAUUGUCCACUUUGGGAACAUACGUGCAUGACAACCACAGUAUAAC